AGAUUUGCUGGAGCACAUGGGUAGUGAUCUCGUGACCAUACCGGAAGUGCUACUUUCAAAGCAAGCGGAUGAUUGAAGCUAACAACAGCACAAAGCACCUCAUUUGAAUCUCCAACUAGAGUUUUUAUCCACACAGCAAUGGACGGAUCAGUCCGAGCAUCGUUGGACGCCCCCGCUGGACCACCACCGUACUACAGAGGAAAUGAAGGUUCCCUGGUUUCAGCCCUCAAGACAUUACUGUUCUUCACUAUCCUGAUGGUCACUCUUCCAAUUGGUCUUUAUUUCACAUCAAAGACAUACGUAUUUGAAGGUUCAAUGAAGAUGUCGAGUUCGGACAGUUAUUUCUACGCAGCCAUCGUGGCCGUGCUGGCCGUGCAUGUGGUUUUGGCUUUGUUUGUGUAUGUGGCGUGGAACGAAGGCACGCCUAAAGGCAAGGGCAAACAUGAUUAAGGCAUGCCCUUAUCUGCUCGUGAGGCCAGCAGAGAUGAUGUGUAUGGGGGUGAGGACCACGCAGCCUGCAUUGAUUUGAAGAAGAAUUGUGUCAUGAUGAGGUGACAGGCCUGCAAGCACUUUCCCUGUGGUCUGAUAGUUCAGACGGGCUCCUGCAGAGUUCAUGCAAGGACGAGGUUUACUUCUGGCUUUUUUUUAUUUAUUGCACAUUCACAGGUUUAGUGAAAAGUGUGAUGGAAAACAGACUGAAGCAGGCAUUUACUUUAGUCAGGAACUAAAAAAAAACAAAAACUACAUAGUCUUUUUGUCUUGUCUAGUCUAUGAAGCAAUCCUCAUGAAGUCCUGCUGCAUGCCGCACUGAGCUGGGUUAAAUCAUCGAGUGGAAAUGCAUCAGAAUUUCUUCACACUUUCAUCAGACAUUCAUUUACUUGAAUAAAAAAUCGGGAAUAGUGGAAAAAAAAAAA